AUGAACCCCCUACCACCCAUCAAGCGCCACUUCUUCGGCGAAUCCUCCUCCGAGGACGAAGCGGACCGCCACGGUGACCCCGACGAGUACCAAUUCAAGGACUUCUCAUCAGACGAGGGAGACGGCGGCAACGACUCCGACCUGGCCUCGGAGUACAACCCGGAGCCGCUGCCGCCGCUGGACGAGGGCGACACCUCGUGGAAGGAGUACGACCCGGACGAGGGCUACUGGUACGUGGGGACGGAGUUCCUGGACCGCGAGUCCACGCCGUCACCGACGCAGGUGGAGGCCCGGGAGAAGGCGGCGGCGCGGCGGGCGGCGCGGCGCCGGAAGAAAGCCGAGGCGCGAGCGGCGCUGGAGGCCCACCUGGAACGGCGACGGGCGGAGUCCCCGAUCGAGCCGCUGCUGGCCGGGCUCGACGAGAAGCUGGACCGGUGGGAGAUCACCCUGGCCCUGCACCGGGCGAUCACCUUCCUCGAGGAGGGCCAGGACCGCGAGGCCGAGCACUUCGUCCUCGAGGCCUUCGGCAUCGCCCAGCGGCUCGGCAACCCGGUGUGCCUGGCGCGGUGCCAGUACUGGCAGGGUCGGGUGGAGUACUUCCGUGAGAACUACCACGAGGCGCAGCAGUGCUUUCAGGCGUGUCGGGAGGGGAUCCUGGAUGCGCCGGAGGGUGAGACCAUCACGUGGUACCUGCGGGUGUCCAGGCCCGGGCUGACCGAGGAAGAACGGCAGCGAAUCGGGGAAUCGGAGCAGGUUCGCGAUCGAGCGCAGGGCUUGUAUGGGUAUUCGCCGCAGUCGAACAGUCCUGUUUCCGGGGACUUCCACUUCCCUUAUCUUCAGGACACAGAGCACGCAUG